AUGUAAAAUCAUGUAAAGAAAAAAAAAGAAAAAGGCAAGGAAAAGAACUGACUCAACCUACUCUUCAUCUCCAGUACACUGAUGAAUGAAUGCAAUUAAAAACCGAGGCGACGCACAGCACAGUUUUCCAACCCAUCCAAUCCUCCGUACCUUACCUCCAACUACGUUACCUACUCUACCUAUUUCCAUACCUCUUUCCUCCCUCCCGAUCCUCUCUUGCUGCUACUACUACCAAUUAACUAACUCAACCAGUGGCAGUUCAUCAAGUCAGUCAACCAGUUCCGGAUCUCCUAUCGCAAUCCCUCCUUCUCUCAGCUUCUCCCCCUCCUCCUCAUUGUUUUCCCGUCUCCUGCUUUUCCCCCUCUUUGAUUUUCCCUAACUUCUACUUCAGUACUACGAUAAUCUCUUAUCGUCUGGUGUGGAAGAUUCCCACCUGUUCUUCCCUUACUCCACU